ACUCGAAGGCAGCGUCGGAGCAUCCGAUCCUCCACCACUCCACCGUUGCGCCCGGUGCGCGGCGUACUGCGCGAUACGCGGACUCGGUGGCAGCGGCGGCCAUGCCGCUCUCGGUGCCGUCGACGCCGGCCGUGCUCAAGGCACUGCCGCGGGCGCUCUCCCUCGCGGCCGCGGUCGUCGCGGCGACAACAGCGUCCCUGCUCCUCAUCUGCGCUGUUGUCUCCAACUCCCACCACGCGGCGUCGUCCUCGUCGCCGCAGCUUCCCCCGUCCGCCAGCGCCUCCACCGCGGCUCUGGCCCCGGCGCCCGCGCCCGACGGCCCCGACCACCACCACCCCCACCCCCACCCCCCGCCUCCCGUUCCCCCAUGCCCGCCCAACGCCACCCACGAUGUCCCCUGCCACGAGCCUCCUUCGGGCGAGCGCCACUGCCCUCCGCGCCCGCCGCCUCCGCCACCUCACCCGCCGAAGGAUCCACCGCCGCACCCUCCGCCGCCUCCGCCGCACUGCCGCGUCCCGCCGCCGCCCGGGUACCGCCCGCCCCCGCCGUGGCCCGCGCGCCGUGACCGCGCGAGGUACGCGAACGUGGACCUCCCGCCGCCGCCCCCGGUUAAGGUGGCGGCUGGGCUGGAGCAGGACCCCGUUCGCCGUCGCGGGGAGUGGCUGGUGUUCACCGAGGGGGUGCGGGAUUAUGUCGAGCAGCUGGAGCGCGUCGUGCCGCUCCGUGGCGGCGUGGUGCGCACGGCGCUCGACAUCGGGUGCGGGGUUGCGAGCUUUGGGGACUAUCUGCUCAACUAUGGCGUACUCACCAUGUCCAUUGCGCCGAGGAAUAAUAGACUUGGUCCACAAGUGCAGCUCGCCUUGGAGCGUGGACUGCCUGCGAUGAUCGGAGCGCUUGUUGCUCACAGGCUACCAUAUCCAUCGAGAUCCUUCGACAUGGUGCACUGCGCGGACUGCCUUGUUCCAUGGACUGCUCAUGAUGGGCUCUAUAUUCUGGAAAUUGACCGUCUUCUCCAACCUGGUGGCUAUUGGGUUUUCUCUAAACCACCUGUCAAGUGGAAAUCUACAUACAACAUUUCUAAUCAAGGGACCAGAGACAUGCAGAACAAUCAAUUAGCUAUGGAUUAUAUGUUGAAUAAGCUUCAUUGGACGAGGGUCUCUGAAGAGGGCACAAUUUCUGUUUGGAGAAAGCCUUCUUGUCAUCUCCACUGUAACCAAGAAGCAAAUGCAAAGCUCUUAGGAUUGCCACCACUCUGUACAGGAGAAGACCCAGAUAGUGCCUGGUAUGCAAAUAUUUCAAUGUGUAUGACAUGUAUUCCAAGAGCUGAAACUUUUAAUGGCUGUGCUGGUGGUGCUAUGGAAAAAUGGCCUAAAAGACUUCAUGCAGUGCCACCAAGGAUAACCAGUGGGGAAAUGAAGGGGUUGUCCAUUCAGAGAUAUAAAUAUGACACUUUGAUUUGGGAGAAAAGGGUUAACUUCUAUCUAACAUAUCUAAAAUAUUUGUCUAAUGGAACUUACAGAAAUGUCAUGGACAUGAGUGCUGGUUUUGGUGGUUUUGCUGCUGCUAUGUCCAAGCAUCCUGUUUGGGUCAUGAAUGUGGUUCCUGCAAAUAGAACAGAGAAUACUCUUGGUGUCAUCUAUGAGCGAGGUUUGAUUGGAACAUACACUGACUGGUGUGAAGCCUUCUCUACUUAUCCACGAACAUAUGAUCUGAUACAUGGUAAUGGAAUCUUCAGCUCCCAUAUUCACAAGUGUGGGAUUAUCGACAUCCUGGUUGAGAUGGAUCGCGUUCUCCGGCCAGGGGGUGCCGUUAUAGUUCGGGACAGAGCUGAUGUUGUUCUCAAAGUCAAGAAGGACGCCGACCGUCUAAAAUGGAGUAGUCGAGUUGUUGACACUGAAAAUGGGCCUCUGGAUCCUGAGAAGCUUCUCAUUGUGGACAAUUCCCUCCCACUUCGAGGGAGCUAAAGUGAUUACUGGCAAGAACCAAGAUCAGCAGGCUCUUCAUGUUCAUGACAACAGGUUCUUGGUCUUCUCAUGUUUCGAGAAAGAGCCAGUGGUCUGCGACCUUACUACCUGUACAAUAUGAAUGUCUUUUGGCUUAAAAAGAUCCCACUACAUGUACAGAUGAAGCGUAUCAGCUAAACCUAUACAGAUGAAGGGUACAAGGAUAUUGGCUAUCCUACAAUGAGAGAUUCAGAAUUGCAUGCAGAUCUACAUAUAUGACCCGUCCAAUAUAUUCGAGUCACUGACGACUCCACAGGAUGCCAUUUCUUAGCUCCAAUCUGCAGGCCUCAUUUCUCAUGCUCUGACGACUAGCUGUGCAGCUGGAACCAUGCGAUCACGACUCUGCAGAUAUGUCUACAUUGACUGUACUUUUCCUUUUUGGUGGGAUCUCGACUCUGUAGAUAUAUGAUACAGGGACUGUACUUUCUUUUUAUGGUAAAUCCAUUGCCUAUACAUUUUUAUAUAGUGUUGUAUAUUGCUGUGUUGUACAAGCGAAGUGGAUGUGCAGAUCUAGUAUUGACAUGAAUUUCUUAAAGGCAUUAUCGUAAUGGUAGUUAUUAUUA